AGGAUAAAAGUAUAACGAGAACAAUUAUUGGCGCUAGAAAUCGCGGGAAAAUAUUUUUGGCGGCAAGCCAAAGUGUAUUUCGCGCCAAAAGGGCAAAGCGAUAUAAACCAAACUCGCCAAUCCAGGAGGCGAGAGAGACUGAGAGCGAGAGAUGGAACCGUCUGUGAGAAGGGAGCGCGGCGCCGUCAAGAAGCCGACGAUCUCGUCGCCGUUCGACGCCGUCAGUGAGGAUCUCCUCCGACUCCCUAACAUGGCGUCACUCGUCAACGCCGCCCUCGCCUGCAAGCGCUGGCGCCGCGCGGCUUCCGACCCCGCCAUUUUCCGGCGCUUCUUCCCGCUCCGCCGCCCCCCGCUCAUCGGCUUCAUCCUGACCGACCGCGGCGACUCCGUCCCCUACAGCUGCCCCAACCACUACUUCGUCAGCGCCACCACCCGUAAGCCCAACCUGGCGUCCGCCGCCGCCGAUUGCGACAUCUUCUUCGAAGACGUCCCUGAUAUCGAUUCGGGCGAGCAACGCGGCGGUGGCUACUUCGACGAGUGGCGCCUCCGCGGCUGCGACGGCGGUCGCCUCCUCCUGUCCCGCGGCUGCGGCGGGUUUGACUCGCCGUCUACGAUCCCCUCGCGCGGACUGCCAUCUUCUUCUCCGCCGCAAAACUUCCAUGGGUCGUUCCUCAAGGUCAGGUACGCGAUUGUCGUCGACGACGCCGACGCCUCGUUCCGGGUCAUCGGCAUCGACGGCGACAUGUUCUUCGCCGUCUUCUCCUCCAGCACCGGUAAAUGGGCCUUGUUCGACCACACGGCAGACCUGUACGAAUUCACCCGCAGCGACGGCAUGCCCGCCGGCCGGUUCGUGUACUGGCGGUCCAACAACAAGAAGUGCAGGUACUACGACAACGACGAGCGGAUCUUACUGCUCGACGUAGCCACCAUGGAGUGGACGGUCACCGUGGCGCCGUUUCCGGUGGGGUAGUCGUACUGCAUCGCCGACUUGGCGGAGCACGGCCGGCUGUGCCUCGUGUCCAGCAAGGAACAAAACCUUCAGCUCUGGGUCCGCAGCGGCAGCAGCAAUGGUGGAUGGAGAUCUCGCUGUUGGAUCAGUUCGGGUACUUGAAGAAGCUGCGGCGUGAGGAGUGGAUGAAGAGGGUGCGUGUCCUGGCAGCAAAGGCUGGUUAUGUCUACAUGGAGUUCUGGUCCAUCAGGAAGCCCAAUUCCUAUCUUCUCGUCCUCAACCUGAACACCAUGAAGCUGGACAUCAUUUGCAACGAUGCGGACGAGCCUUUCAGGGGUCCUGCACUUCCAUUCUUCUUCCGUUUGGCACCUCUGGCACCAAGCCCGGAUGAUACCAACGAUCUUCACGUUCCAUCUGCAUCUGCUUGAUGGAGUAGUAGGUGGACAGCGAUAAAGUCGUGGCUGGCUUCGUCCUGCGGUCGAAAGAGUGAAUGCUAUAUAUCUUCUGGAAUUUAGCUGGCAUAUACGUCCAUUGAUCUUUUGGUUUCGGUCUGUUGGAUAGGGUAGUGUUGGCUUAAUGUUGUCUAAUCUUUUGGCUAUUAGAUGGAGAACUGUUAGCUGUCUUGUUAAGUUGGUAACCCCAGCCUUUUAUGUUGCCUUAAAACUCCUAUUCAGCUUUCAAUAGAAGCUGGGGUGAUAUCCCUUUAUCAAAAAAGGAAGUGCUUAACCAUUUCACUUUUAUGAUUGGAUAACAUUUGGCAACUAGUUCCAUCUUCUCUUUGGGGAUUAGCUUGUCCAAGCAAUGAUCAACGUAUUUGAAAGUAUUCAGUUUUGCUAGCUUGUGGCUAUGGUAAAAGAGAAUUUCUAUGAUAUGCCGUCAACAAAGACUAGUCCCUUUUGUUCCA